GAAAAAUCUGUUUUAACCUCUCCAUUCUUAAUUCUAUGGUAUGAUAUGCAAAAUAGUUUACAGUUUUUACUCCUGGAGGCAGAAGAAUUAACUUCCUACUGAGAGGAGUGCAAAGCUUGAUGUGUAUGAGGUAAUAGAGAUCAUUUAAAAUUGAUUUUUGUAUUAGCAAGCAGGAAAAUGCACACUCAAGACUUGCUUAAUUAAAAGUUCUGGUGUUUAGCAAUGGAAAGCCCACAAACAAACUUCCAUCUAGGUCUAGGUUCAGACCAAAAAAGGAGUGGGAUCCAAGAGGAUGGGAGUCCUCCAGUAAAAAGAGUAAUGACAGAAAUGCAUGUAAGUAACAAAGUACGAGUUGUAAUAAAUAAAUUGCCAACAAUAAAGAAGGAAAACUUGGAUGAAUAUGAUGAAACUCCUGUGGAGGCUGAUGGGGAAAACGCCAAGGCAAACAGUACUUCGAUAUCUGAGCCUUUGAGUUUAAAUCCAGGUUUGAAGCACACGCUGGCACAGUUCCACUUAAGCAGCCAGAGUUCACUGGGUGGACCAGCAGCAUUUUCAGCUCGUUAUUCCCAGGAAAGUAUGUCACCCACUGUCUUUUUGCCUCUUCCAUCACCACAAAUAGUUUCUGGUCCACUGCUCAUUCCUCCAGACAGCUCCACAGAACUCACUCAGACUAUAUUAGAGGGAGAAUCUAUUUCUUGUUUUAAAGUUGGAGGAGAAAAAAGACUUUGCCUGCCUCAAGUUUUGAAUUCGGUUCUCCGAGACUUUUCGUUGCAACAGAUUAAUACAGUGUGUGAUGAACUGUAUAUAUACUGCUCAAGGUGCACGUCCGACCAGCUUCACAUUCUGAAGGUUUUGGGAAUUCUUCCAUUUAAUGCUCCGUCCUGUGGGCUAAUUACACUGACCGAUGCUCAGAGACUAUGCAAUGCUUUAUUACGCCCUCGCACUUUUCCUCAAAAUGGCAGCUUUCUCCCUGCUAAGAACACGUUGGCCCAGCUGAAAGAGUCUGGCAGUGCCUUUGAAGUAGAGCACGAAUGCUUGGGCAAAUGCCAGGGUCUGUUUGCCCCUCAGUUCUACCUGCAGCCGGAUGAUCCGUGCAUCCAGUGUUUGGAGUGCUAUGGAAUGUUCUCACCACAGACGUUCGUGAUGCAUUCACAUAGAUCCCCUGAUAAAAGGACCUGCCACUGGGGUUUUGAAUCAGCCAAAUGGCACUGCUACCUUCAUAUUAACCAAAAAUACCUGGGAACAUCGGAGGAGAGGGAACUGAAGCAUCUCUUGGAGGAAAUGAAGGAGAAAUUCAGCGAGAAAAAUCAAAAAAGAUCUCGGUCCAAAAUGGAUUCACAACAGAGCCUAGAAUUGUCACAGUGGUAUCCAGUUAUAAAGCAAGAAGCAGAAACUGCUACUCAACCACCCUCCUUUGUCCACCCCAGUUACUACCUUUAUAUGUGUGAUAAAGUGGUUGCCCCAAAUGUGUCUCUUGCCUCACAAUAUAAAGAAGUUGCAAAACCAGCAGUCAGAUCAGAAGUAAUUAAAUCCUCACCUGGACAGUCAGAGAAACAGCUCAGUAAUGGGAAGCACAAAAAAGGUGCUUCCUAUCCAGAGCUGUCUCUUGAAGAACAGGAAAAAAUGGACUUGAAAACUGGUGUGGAACAGCAUAAACGUUUGGAUCCACCUGUAUCAACUAAUUCCUUAAAAGUUGGCAAAUCUGAACGUAUUUCUUCCAAAAUUACUAGAGACUCUAGCCGUGGUGAAGUACGUAAUCGUGUACGAACCUUGUCUCCAACUCUCAUGAAGGACAUCAGUUGUGAGGAUGACAAGGGAAAGAUAAUGGAAGAAGUAAUGAAAACCUACAUUAAACAGCAAGAAAAACUAAAUACCAUUUUGCGGAGGAAACAACAGCUUCAAAUGGAGGUAGAGAUGUUAAACAACUCUAGAGCAAUGAGGGAACUUACUGAAGAGCAGCAGAAUUUACAAAAAGAACUUGAAUGUUUGCAGACUGAGCAUGCUCAAAGAAUGGAGGAAUUUUAUUUUGAGCAGAGAGAUCUGGAGAAGAAACUGGACCAAGUGAUGAAACAAAAGUGUACCUGUGACUCCAAUUUAGAAAAAGACAGAGAAGCUGAAUAUGCAGCGCAGCUAGCAGAAUUGAGACAGAGAUUGGAUCAUGCAGAGGCAGAUAGACAAGAGCUUCAAGAUGAACUGAGACAAGAACGAGAGGCAAGAGAAAAGUUAGAGGUGAUGAUAAAGGAAUUGAAGCUACAGAUCUUGAAAUCUUCAAAAAAUGGAAAAGGAAAAUAGAAAAAAUUGGAAGAGGGAAAUUUGACUCUGUCUUUCAAACAGGGUGUUUUGUUUUUAAUGAAUUUUGAGCAGUUUAUCUGUGUAAUAAGAAAAAGUAUUCUUUACAGAUUUCUAGUUCCCAGACAAGUCCAGAGGAAGAUAUAUAUAUAUAUAAAUAUAUGGAGAUAGAAACAUAGGUAUAACAUUUUAGAUUUUCCUAACCAAUGGAAAUCUGCAUUUAUUUGUACUGGUGUUUUUCCCAAACUAUGAAAAAUAUGAAACUCUUUAAAAUGAUCAGUUUCUGUCUAUUUCUAAUGCAGUCUUGAGGGCUCUGUAUCUUUUAAAAAAACAGCGUUGUAUGUUAAAAUAUGUAUGGUGAUCUUUAUUUUGCUAU